AUGCAGGCCUUCCUCCAGGCCCUUUGUUCUCCAGCUUUUGAUCUGGAGCACUCUGGGCUGCUAUAAGUUUGAAGAUGUUUUAGUUAUAUGAUGCCUGCUCAUGCUGUUCCCCAUUUCAGAAGUUAUUACAGAUUGACGGGUGGUAGUUGCUUGUUUAGUUUUUGCGGUUUCUCUUGUGGUUUUGUUUUCUUAGCGAGGCUUGUGAGAAACAUGUGCAGGCUUCUCUAGAAGAAUGGAUAUAGAAAGGAAAAAAAAGGCCAUAUUAAUGUGCCAUAGCUGAUUGCAUCAGUGAAAAAGUUAUUAAUGUAAAUGGUUUUCUGGUUCAUCUGGUUUGACCUUGUGGUGCUCAGAAGAUUACUACUAUCUAUAAGCUUCUGAUGCAUCGUUUUCGUAGAAAAUGAGCAAAUUCUGUUAUUUGUCAGUGAAUCGUUUAAUUUUCUGUAGUAUCUACCGUGAUACAGUUCUCCUGCAUUAUCAAAGAGAAUUCAAUAAUCCUCUCAUGAAAUCAAUUACCUGAAGUAAAUACUCCAUUUAAUUAUGGUGAGCUUGAAUCAUUCAAACACAAAUCAUUCUGCUAUGUCCCAGAUUGAAUAAUGAAAACUUCAUUGCUUAAAACUUGAAAGAGAAUGUUUAACGAGUAAAUGGAAUCUUAUUGUUUUUAAAUAUCAUAACAUAUUACUUAAUGAAAAUAGUCAACCAAAAUAUAAUAAAAUGAAUAAAUAAUAGAAAUUAAGAAAAGUCUACCAACAUUCUUACAUGAUGAAAGUGGUUGCAAUCUGUGAUGUGAGUAUUUUCGUUGACCUACCCAACCUAACACGUGCGUCGCACGUGAAUCCGUUUUCUGUUUGACUAGGACCCUCCUCUGUCCUGUUCUGUCUUUCUCUUUCACCCUUUGUUGUUAUUGAACUCUCUUGUAGUGGUGGGUGGUCAAGAACCCAAUUCAAGAAUCACCAUUGACCCUGAAAGCACUGUUCUUGGAGAACCAGCACAGCAUGAAAGCGUUGAACAAGAACCAUGUAGCUCAUUCUGAGAAUCAGAAAAGGAUCCAAUCAUUGCUGAGAAAAAUGCAUCAAGAACAAAAACAGAGUCCUUUUCUUUUCAGUUUUUCCUUUCAAUGUUUCUCUCAUGACAAAGCUAAAUUUUCAUGAGUGUGCUAGGAUACAGAGAAACAAUGAUGUUGAAGAAAUGAUCUUGUCCCAGAAAGGAAGAGAAUUUACAAGUGGGGUUUCAAGUUCAACUUUCAAGCCUACUUCUUUGAUGAUAUAGUUUUCUAAACAGAAACUAAUGGAAGAGUGCAACAACAGAGGAGAAGAAGCUCAGGCAAAUUCAAGUUCAACCAGACAUUUUUCACCAAGGUCAGGUAAGAGUUUGAAAUCUUCAUUAUCUGGAAGAUCAACUCCACAGUAUUCUCCUUCAUUUCAGCGACUACAGUCUAACUUCUCACCAAGAAGAGAAGGAAGAGGAGGUGUAAAGUGGUUUGGUAGAAAGAGGAACCUGUUACUAAGGUGGUUGCUUCUGAUUACCUUCUGGGCUUAUCUUGUGUUCUUUGUUCAGUCCAAGUGGGCUCAUGGUGAUAAAGAAGAGGAAUUUUCAGGCUUUGGAAGAAAGUCAAGUGAUUUUGAACAGAAUCAGCAUCAAGAUUUGGUUCCUCAAAACACGUCCUUAUCUUUCAUUAAUAAUAAAACUGUGGAGAGUAUGGUGGAGAUUGGUGACACAGUGGUUGUGGCUCUGGCAAAGAAAGAAAAUAGUGUUCCAUCUCGACACAAAACUGGUUCAAAAAGGAGGAGUAGACGGUCAAGGAGUGGUUUGAGAGGUAAACAAAGACAGAAAGUUGAGAUCAGUGGUAUAGAGGAGUCAGAAAUUCCUCUGAGGAAUACUACCUAUGGAUUCCUUGUUGGUCCAUUUGGUUCAACAGAGGAUAGAAUUCUGCAAUGGGGUCCUGAGAAGCGUUUUGGAACCUGUGACAGGAACGGGGAAUUUGCACGCCUUGUUCGGUCGAGGAGGUUUGUGUUGGUGUUUCAUGAGCUUUCUCUGACUGGAGCUCCACUUUCAAUGAUGGAGUUGGGAAGUGAACUAUUGAGUUGUGGGGCAACUGUUUCAGCUGUUGUGCUUAGCAAAAAGGGUGGUUUGAUGCAAGAGCUUGUUAGGAGACAGAUCAAGGUGAUUGAUGACAAAGCGAAUCGCAGCUUCAGAACUGCAAUGAAAGCAGAUCUUGUCAUUGCUGGAUCAGCUGUCUGUGCUUCAUGGAUUGAACAAUAUAUUGAACAUUUUUCUUCUGGGGCAAGUCAAGUUGUUUGGUGGAUUAUGGAAAACCGGCGAGAGUACUUUGAUCGUUCAAAGGAUGUCUUGCACAGAGUAAAGAUGCUGGUUUUUCUCUCUGAAUCACAAUCUAAGCAAUGGCAGAACUGGUGUGCAGAAGAAAUCAUAGAAUUGAGAUCCCAAAUCACAGUUGUUCCAUUAUCUGUUAAUGAAGAACUGGCUUUUGUAGCUGGCAUUCAUUCUACACAUAAUGGUUCAUCCUUCAGUGCUGAGAAGAUGGAUGAGAAGAGAAAGUUGUUGCGCGAUUCAGUUCGAAGAGAAAUGGGCUUGAAUGAUAAUGAUAUGUUAGUGUUGUCUCUGAGUAGCAUCAACCCUGGGAAGGGUCAGCUAUUGCUUCUUGAAUCAGCAAGUUCAAUAGUAUAUCAUGGACCAUUGCCAAAUGAUAAGAAAAUGCAGAAAUCAUUAGAGGCUGAGGAACACUCAUCUACCCUGAUUAGGAAACACCAUAAUAGAAAAUUGUUGCCAUUGUUGGAGGAUAGCAGGGUAGCUUUGACCAAUAUCUCAAGGAAUUCAACUAACGGAACAAGGAAAGUAGUGUUGUCCCGCAACAAUGGAACAAUGGAACAUUCUCUCAAGAUUCUAAUUGGUUCUGUGGGAUCUAAGAGUAACAAGGUGGAUUAUGUUAAAGGUCUUCUAAGUUUCUUAGAACAGCAUUCAAACUUGUCCAAGGAAGUUUUGUGGACACCAGCCACAACACGUGUAGCCUCACUUUACUCUGCUGCAGAUGUUUAUAUCAUAAACUCUCAGGGAUUGGGAGAAACGUUUGGGCGGGUGACAAUAGAAGCAAUGGCAUUUGGUCUUCCGGUACUUGGAACAGAUGCUGGGGGAACACUAGAGAUUGUGGAGCAUAAUGUGACAGGUCUUCUUCACCCUAUUGGACGCCCAGGGAAUCGUGUCCUUGCGCAAAAUCUCAGGUUUUUACUUGAAAAUCGAUUAGCAAGAGAGCAAAUGGGGAUGAAUGGAAGAAAGAAGGUGCAGAGAAAGUACUUGAAGCAGCGCAUGUAUGAGAAAUUUGCAGAGGUUCUUAUCCGGUGUAUGAGAAGCAAAUAACUGAAUAAGUACUUGAUUUUUUUGGUUUACUGAAUAUGUAAUUGCAAUACUCUUAUUCUUUUAUUGGAUUAAAAUCACAUAAUUUUGUGAAUAUCUUUAUAAAAAAAAUUAUUCCGAAUUUCGUUUAUGAAACAAGUAUUGAUAGAC